AUGCAUGACGGUUGUAAUAAGCCGUGGCUGCUCAGCCGUGGGACAUGCCGUGAUGCGCCCGUGCCUGAGCUGAGCCCUGGCGAGGCGGGUACAAUUCGCAGAGGGCCGCCCGUCAAUGGGCCUUUGGACCAGUCUGAGCUUUCGGGAACAGAGCCGCGGGACAUUACCUUGACCGUGGUCGACGAGGCCUUGUCUGGUCUCUUGUCAUUGAGUGCCCUGACGUGA